UCAGUUGACUCUUCUUGCGUGACGUAUAAUGGACUGGACGGGACGCUUCUUCAGGAACAACAAGGCGCCAACUCUUCCAACCACGUCGGUAGCUUGCUAGCCAACAUAAAAGUGAAAGAUUGACGCUUUAGACCAUCUUAAUGUACAUUAUCUAAUCUCAGUGUUUUAAACACAGUUCUGUUGACGUAUUAACUGGUUAACUGUAACCUAAUUUGCAAACUUGUUAAAGAUUGAUGCUGCGCCUAGCACUAGGCUAUUCGCUAAUGCUAACUAGCUAGCUAACAUCCCUGACCAUGAGUUCAUUAAAGUACUCAUCCCCUGCUAUAGAAGAGGAGGUCUGUUGUUUGGAGAAAGAAGUUCUGGCGCUGAACAUUGAAGAAGAGGAUGAGGUUAUAGUGAAAGAAGAGAAAGAAGCUUUUAGAAUGAAAAAGGAGGAAGAGGAGACUGUUAUAGGGAAGGAAGAAGAUGCUGUUAUAGUGAAAGAACAUUUCAGAAUGAAAAAGGAGGAAGAUGAGACUGUUAUAGUGAAGGAAGAAGAUGCUGUUAUAGUGAAAGAACAUUUCAGAAUGAAAAAGGAGGAAGAGGAGGCUGUUAUAGUGAUAGAAGAGAAAGAACCGUUUAGAGAGGAAGAGGAUGCUAUCUCAAUAAAAGUGAAGAAGGAAGACGUUUUUGGAGUGAAAGAGGAGACAGAAUAUCAGAUUAACACCAGAGAGAGACAUGACUAUGGUGGAUCCUCUGGGGAGCUUCAACAACAUCCUGAUGCUGACAAGGCAGAGAAGAGUCUCUCCAGAUCAGAACACCAGAUGGACAACACUAGCCCUUCCUCCCUCCCGGAGUCCCUGUAUCGUGCCUCUCCCGGUAGCACCUUACUGGUGGGUAUGAAGAGGUUGUCUGUGCUGCUGGUGGACUGCAGGAAAACAACGGGGCUGAGUGGAACUGUGGGAGGAGGAGAAGAGAAGAAAGGAUCAGAUUUGACACAUCAAAGAGAAAGGCCAGACUCGGAGGAACCAGAGCCAGGGACGUCCAAACUAGCAAGGCGACACCACUGCUCCCACUGUGGAAAGAGUUUUCACCAGAAAGGACACCUGAAAGCUCAUGAGAGAAUACACACAGGGGAGAAGCCUUACCACUGCUCCCAGUGUGGAAAGAGUUUCAGCCAGUCGGGGGGGCUGAAACUACAUGAGAGAAUCCACACAGGGGAGAAGCCCCACCACUGCUCCCAAUGUGGAAAGUGUUUCAACAAGAGAGUAAACCUGAAAACACAUGAGAGAAUACACACAGGAGAGAAGCCUUACCACUGCUCCCAAUGUGGAAAGUGUUUCAACCAGUGGGGGGACCUGAAACUACACGAGAGAAUACACACAGGAGAGAAGCCUUACCACUGCUCCCAAUGUGGAAAGUGUUUCAACCAGAGAGGAAACCUGAAACAACAUGAGAGAAUACACACAGGGGAGAAGCCUUACCACUGCUCCCAAUGUGGAAAGUGUUUCAACCAGUCGGGGGAGCUGAAACUACAUGAGAGAAUCCACACGGGGGAGAAGCCUUACCACUGCUCCCAAUGUGGAAAGUGUUUUAACCAGAGAAGACACCUGAAGCGGCAUGAGAGAAUACACACAGGAGAGAAGCCUUACCACUGCUCCCAAUGUGGAAAGUGUUUCAACCAGAGAGUAAACCUGAAACAACAUGAGAGAAUACACACAGGAGAGAAGCCUUACUACUCCUCCCAGGGUGCAAAGCUUUUGCCCAUUUAGAAAGCCUGAAAGAACACAUUAGACUACACACAGAGGAGAAGACUUAGAAAAGCUCAGACUGUGGGAAAACAUAUUACUCAUAACAGUGAUUUAAACGUCAUUAGACAAUCCACACAGGAGAGAGAAAUUACUUCUCUUAGCGUGUAUGUUGAUAUUUCACAUCACAUUGACUUAAAAUUCUUCAGAGAACAUACACAGUGCUCCCGUUGUCUUAUAUUGUUGACUGGCAAUGUGUUUACCUGUCUUUACCAUAUGAAAUUAAAUGGUACAGGGUAUACUCAAACAUAUAUUUGUUUGUUUUUAUUAGAAAACAUGAAUUGAAUAUGGAGUAUGUCAGUUUGAAUAUAAAGGAGAUCAGGUUCCUUCUUUUAAACUGUCCUUUUUUUAAACUCUUUGUGUGUGUUUAUCUGGGUGUGUCAUUCCUCCAGCACUACAGAUAAUCAAGUGAUAUUUGGAUGUGAUGCAUUUGUUCCAUUGUUGACAUUUGCAUUGUUGGCCCACUGAUGAUUUAAUGAAAUGAAAAUGUUCAGACUCUGUAAUGGAAAAUGUUAAUUGUUUGUGUGUCCACAUAACUGAGUAUGUGACUAACCUUGUGAAACUGUCCUAUUAUAAGCUCCUGUUUUUGGGACUAUCAUCCUGUGUUGCAAACCAAUUUGCACCUGUGUCCUUGUAUGAAUAAAGUCCCGCCCAGGAACAGGAAACUAUAAAGAUAUGUGCUCAUCACUCAAUGCUUCAGGAAUUCAGACUGUCUCCACUGCACUGUGUAACUCUGUUAUUCUCUCUGAGCUCAGAAAUAAAGAAUCUUGGUUUGA